AUGCUAACAGGAUCAUCUCUUUGGGGGAAGUGGAUUAGAGCAAAAUUGCUAAAAGGUAGAAGUUUUUGGGAAGUUAACGUGAGGAUGCAGACGGGCUCUUGGAUGUGGCACAAGAUGCUUAAACUGAGAAGUGUUGCAAAGCUGUUUUAUAAGGUUGAAGUAGGUAAUGGGAGGCAUAUUUCUUUCUGGUAUGAUAAUUGGUCUAGACAAGGAGUUCUUAUGGACUUAUUGGGUGCUAGAGGAAUUAUUGAUAUGGGGGUGGGGAAGAAUGCGACGGUAGAGGAUGCUGUGCUAUAUGGUCGAAGAAGAAGAAGGCAUAGAUUAAGCAUUCUAAAUGAUAUAGAAGAUGAGUUGGCUAUCAUUAGAAGUAAUUCAAGUCUAGAAGAGGUUGAUAGGAGUUUAUGGAGAAGAGACUCGGGUUAUAAGUUGGAGUUCUCUACUCAGGAAACUUGGCAGAUAUUGAGAGAUAAGAAACCGUUAUGUAACUGGGCGCAGGGUAUCUGGUUUACACAGGCGACUCCGAAGUUUGCGUUUAUGGCGUGGCUCUCUGUUCGUGAUAGAAUGUCGACCAUGGACAGAGUCGUGAAGUGGAGUAGGGGGAGUAAUGAUAUGUGUGUUCUCUGUUAUAAUGCUCCGGAAUCGAGGAACCAUCUGUUCUUUGAGUGUGAUAUAUCAGCUGAGGUAUGGGAGUUCAUAGCUAAAGGAUUGUUGCGCCAAGAUUUCACUGUUGAUUGGUCUGAGAUAAUAUCCAUUAUUUCUGACAAGGCUAGAGAGAAGAAGAGUUUACUCUGUACCAGAUAUGCCUUCCAAGCUGUGUUAUAUGCCUUAUGGAGAGAAAGAAAUAAGCUGAAGCAUGGAAAGAAGAUGAUGCCUUUACCGGUUUUAAAAAAGGUAAUUGAGAAGGGGAUCAGAAACAGAAUCACAUUGGUGCAGAAGAAAGGAGGGAGAGGAAUGGAGAUGCUAAUGCAAUUUUGGUUUCAAACAAGAAUGUAA